CAGCGCCAUCCAGCGGUGAGGGAGGCGCACUGCACACCGCGCCCCCGGCCCCGCUCUGAGCCGCAGACGCAGAAACGCCGACUCGACCCUAAAGACUCGGAAAGGAGAGCAAACCCGUCCAGAAAUCAUCAGAAGUCAUGAGGCUGCUCUGCUUUUUGCUACCGCUGGCGUUCUGGAGCCAAGCUCUUCAAGUCCACCGCAGUGCACUGAAUGACUUCCAGCGGUCCGAGGGGAGAGAGCUGGUUCUGAAGUCGUGGAACGCAGACCGUCUGACCCAGCUGUCGGGCAUCACUCUGGAGGAGUGCGCCAAACGCUGCUCACACAGCCAGGACUGCAGAGCCUUCAACUAUGAGUUUCGGCCGUCUGUAAUCUGUAAGCACCUGCCCUGGGUGGAUGACGGCGACAAUGCAGAAGUGAAGAGAAACGUGAACUGUGACCUGUAUGAGAUGAAAGUCUAUGUUAGGAAAUGCAUCGUGGGUAAAGGAGAGGACUAUCGGGGGAAGGUGUCAAAGACCCAGAGUGGACGAACGUGUCAGCAGUGGUGGUCAAAGUUUCCUCAUGACCACAGGUGGACUCCUUCCCCUACUAAUGGCCUGGAGCUGAACUACUGUCGUAACCCAGAUGGGGACCCCAUAGGGCCGUGGUGCUACACUACAGACCCAGAGCGCAGAUAUGAGAGCUGUAACAUCCCCCACUGCAAAGAUGAGGUGUGUAUCACCUGCAAUGGAGAGGACUACAGGGGCCAGGUUGACCAUACUGUGAGUGGACGAGAGUGCCAGAGGUGGGACCAGCAGUAUCCCCAUCAGCACAUCUAUCAACCAGAGAAAUACCCUGAUAAGAGUCUGGAUGAUAAUUAUUGCCGGAAUCCGGACGCCUCCCCAGUGCCCUGGUGUUACACCACCGACCCAGAGGUGGAGAGAGAGAGCUGUGACAUCCGCAAGUGCUCGGGGGUUCCCAAGCGCCGCCUUCGAUCCAGCUACACCACCAACUGUUUCCGGGGCCGGGGGGAGGAUUACCGAGGCAAAGUAAACGAGACCACUUCAGGAAUCCCCUGCCAGCGCUGGAACGCACAGAAGCCCCAUGAGCACCCAUUCUACCCCCAUAUCUACGAGUGCAAAGGGCUGGAGGAGAACUACUGCCGUAAUCCAGACGGUUCAGAGGCUCCGUGGUGCUUCACAUCACUGCCCGACAUGAGGACAGCUCUCUGCCUGCAGAUCAAACGUUGUGCUGAUGACAUCGAGGCUGAAGAUUGCUAUCAUGAAAAUGGCAAAAACUACCGAGGUGUUGUCCGCAAAACAAGAAAGGGCAUCCUUUGCCAGAAGUGGAGUGCCAACACACCACAUCAGACUAAGAUUAACCCAAAGACGCACCCAGAAGCCAACCUGACAGAGAACUACUGCAGAAACCCUGAUGGAGAUCUGCACGGCCCCUGGUGCUACACCACUGACCCCAAGACUGAGUUUGAUUACUGUGCAAUCAAGCAGUGUGCAGGGGAAAAAGUGCCGAUCAUGGAGCCACCAGCGCCUGUAGUGUUUAAUGAAUGUGGGAAGCGUGAUGACCGUAUGGUGAAGAGCAGGCUGAGGAUUGUGGGUGGCACACCUGGAAAUUCUCCAUGGACCGUCAGCCUGAGAGAUCGGAAGGGGAAGCAUUUCUGUGGAGGGUCUCUAGUGAACUCUAAAUGGGUGAUCAGCACCAAACAGUGUUUCUCCUCCUGUUAUGUGGACCUCACAGGCUAUGCUGCUAUGAUGGGUACUCUGUUCCAGAACCCAAAGGAAGGAGAACCAGGCUUACAGACCAUUGGUCUCAACAAAAUCGUCUGUGGGCCUACAGAGUCACAUCUGGUCCUGCUGCAGCUGGAAACUCCUGCUGAGUUUAAUGAGCGUGUCUCACAGAUAUGUCUUCCUCCUGAACGCUUCAUAGUUCCAGAGGGAACUGUCUGCGAGAUUGCCGGUUGGGGGGAAACCAAAGGAACGGGGGAUGAGACAGUGCUGAAUGUAGCUCAGAUGCAAGUGCAGAGCAACAGCGAGUGUAACAAAUACUUCAAAGGUCGUGUGAGGGAGAAUGAAAUGUGCACGACUCCUUUCUAUGGCGGAGUCGGGGCCUGUGAGAGAGACUACGGAGGUCCUCUAGCCUGUCAGAACAGCGACUGCUGGGUCCUAGAGGGAGUCAUCAUCCCCAUGCGUCGUUGUGGACACCCCGGCCAGCCCAAUAUCUUCAUCCGUGUAUCACUCUACGUGGAUUGGAUCAAGAAGGUCAUGGAGAUGGCAUAGCUAACAUAGACAUUUACCAUGCUUUAUAGUCCACCAUUCAUCUGAUAAAAGCAUCUGUAGAUAUCAGCAGGGGCACCACAAAAAGUACCCGAACGCUACUUGAGUCAUAGAAAAGAAACCAUGAACAUGUGAAUUAUUAUAAGUGAAAGUAAGCACAGUCAGUUCCAUAGAGAGGAGAUUACUAGAGGGAGAGUCAAUGUCUAACUUUAGUAAUUACACUUAUAAAUGUAAGCAAAAGUAAAUGUGUAAUGUCAGUUUUGACUUUCUAAAAACUAUUUAUCCUUUAUUAAGGUGUUCCAGGGAACCUGUUUCAUUGUGCAGCCCCUAGGAGACCCUAUUUUUGCUGACUGUCACAGUACCGUCAUAGUGUGGCACCAUCUGCUGCUUGAGCUGCAGCUGCGAAAGUUUAAUAAAAGACAUUUUCGUUUCAAAUCCAACAGAUGGCAAUAUAAUGUUAGUAUGUGUUGAUAUUUCUGUUCAUACAGUCAGUUUUCAUUAUAUAAUAACUUCGUAGACGUCGUAAAAGUAUUUCGUAAGUAUCAUAAAAGUGUUAGUGAAGUAUUAGAGGAAAUGUAGACCUAGUAAAAUAAGAAAGUAAAAGACGUUGAAUAUGCUGUUUAAGUAAAUCACUUUUGUAUGUAUACUCUGAUACUGUCUAGUGUGACUUCACUAUUCCAUUCCUGAGUAAAUGAUAACAGUUUCCAUGG